UGUCAACUGUUGAUCUAUAUAAAUCCAGAGUACUUCGAUUGUGUUAUCAAUCACUUCUACCUUUCUUAGUCUCACAACCAUCUCUUUCUUUCUAAUGGCAAUCAUAGCCAACACAAAAACCAGUUCAUUUCUUGUCUUAAUCUGUUUUUUAACCUUUUCAUUGCAUGCAACAAGAACAGAAGCAUGUCAUAGAACUGAUAGAAAAGCUCUACUUGAUUUCAAGAGUAAGAUCACUCGAGAUUCUUUUAGACUAUUAGAGACGUGGAAUCAAUCCACUGACUGUUGUACCAAAUGGGAAGGUAUUGCUUGUGAUUCCAACGGUCGUGUCGUGAAUCUGUCACGCAAUGGCAUAAGUACCGACGAGGAAAACCCGUUCGACAUAACCAUGGAUGGAAUAAUUUCUCCUUCAUUGGGUAAACUCAAGUAUCUUCGCGUUUUGGACCUCAGGUUCCUCAAAGAUUUAGAAGGAACGAUCCCUUCGGAGCUCGGAAAGUUAUACCACCUUACUUCUCUUUUACUCGAUAUCAACCGACUCAAUGGUUCAAUUCCUGCGUCAUUUCAAAAUCUCCGCAAACUCAAUAGGCUGCUCCUCGGUCAAAAUCUUCUAUCUGGUACGGUUCCCACCAAUAUCUUUCAACACAUGUCUUCUCUAACGGAACUUGACUUGGCCUUAAAUAAGUUGUCCGGGCCAAUUCCAUCGUCAAUUGAUAAACUAGUUUCAUUGAAGAGGCUGGAUUUAUCUUUAAACAAAUUUUCAGGUAGUAUACCAUACACAAUUGGUUUUCUUAAGAACUUAAAUUUUUUAGACAUGUCUAAAAACCAGAUCUCUGGCAUCAUUCCUACGUCUACUGGAGAAUUAUCAAAAUUAACCUUGCUCCAUCUCAAUCAGAAUAAACUUAGUGGAAGCGUUCCAAGUUUUUCAAAGCUAGUUGUUCUUGAGAGUUGUGUUUUAUCAGAUAACAAACUUACCGGUCGUAUACCGGCAUCCAUCAGUAAGAGCACUCCCCUCCGGUUUUUGCAACUUGACAACAACAUGUUAUCAGGAAAAUUACCUGAAAGCCUUGGUAAUCUUACGAAUCUUGUUCGUUUAUCGGCAAAAAAUAACCUUCUUACGGGUAAGAUUCCUGCAAGUUUAAGUAAUCUAAUAAAUCUUCAAUCACUCGAUCUCUCUAGAAAUCGUUUGUCAGGUCCAGUUCCUUCUGAACUCGCUAAGUUAAAUAUAAUGUUAGACACCUUAGAUUUGUCAUUCAACCCAUUGCGUCUAGUGACCGUACCGAGUUGGAUUUCAAAAAUGAAUCUUGAGGCACUACAUUUAGCUGGAACAGGGUUAGUUGAACUCCCGGAGUGGUUAUCUUCAACAAGUUUGUUUACUCUUGAUGUGUCGAGUAACCGGUUAACCGGAAAAUUGCCGGCAUGGAUAGCAAAAAUGAGAAACUUACAUACCCUCAAUGUAUCUAACAACGGUUUCCAUUCAGAUAUACCAAUUGAGCUCAAGAACCUUCAGCGAGGUUUAGGGGUACUUGAUCUUCAUCGGAACAACUUCACAGGGGGAUUAAGCACGAUUUUUGCUGUCUCGGGUCGGUUUCGUUAUACUUUUAUUGAUCUUUCUCACAAUAUGUUUGUGGGUCGUAUUGAUAACAAUAUAGGAAACCUAGAGAGCAUGACUGUUCUUGAGACACUAGGACUAUCUAAUAAUCGUUUAGGAGGAGGUAUACCGAAAUCUCUUGGGAAAUUGAUUUUUCUUAAGACUCUAAAGCUCGAUAAGAAUGAGUUUACGGGGACGAUACCAGCUGAACUGAGCAGUAUCACAUUUAUAACAUCGAUUGUGCUAUCGCAUAAUAAACUUACGGGUAGUAUACCUUCUGGAGUAAUAAACUUGCUGGAUCUCGUAGAGUUUGAUGUGUCCUACAAUAAGUUGACAGGGAAAAUUCCUCCUCAUAAGAAACCAUUUCCUGCUUCUUCUUUCGUAGGCAACUCUGGCCUCUGUGACUCCCCACUUCCUCCUUGUAAAACUGCUUAGUAACCUUCCUCUUUGUUCCUUUCUGAUUGUUAUGUUUGCUUAGUUAAUUAUAAUCUUAAUAAAUUUGUUUUGCUUCAUUUCA